AAGAAAAAAUCUGAACCCGCUCGUGGGGUCAGGUCACCAUUUCUCUUCUACUUUCCGUUUCCAUGUUGUGAAGCAAUGAAGGUUUAGUCUUAACAACAAAAUAGAGAUUACUUUUGUUUUUGUCCUUUAAGCGAAAGCAUUUUCCAGAAUCAGAUGCAGAAUGACUUGUCUGAUAGAGACAGCACCACCAGAGCUGGUGCUGGUGGUUUAGCCCUUACUGAGGUUGACCUGGAGAAGCAGGAUAACAGUAAGGCUUUGCCGCAAGAAGGCGGUAAUGAGAUCUUGUCAGGGAAUUCUGGUUUUCCACCAGUAAUUGCCAUUGCGUUUUCUAAUGGUGAGUCUACUGUGGCUGCCAGCAAGGAAGAGUUGCCUAGUGUAGAUUCUCCCAGAAAAGGGUCCUUGUCAAGGACUUCAAGUCUGCACGAACAAUGCAGAGUUUGCCAGCAGGAGAAGGAAGAAGUUCUCAUAGAUCUUGGAUGCAAAUGUAGAGGUGGUCUUGCAAAAGCCCACCGCACAUGUAUAGAUACCUGGUUUAGCAGAAGAGGAUCCAACAAAUGUGAGAUAUGCCAGGCUGUAGCUGUAAAUGUUUCACCUCCAGAAUCCCAGCCAAGUCAGACAAACUACUGGGUUUGGAGAAUCGACCCUAACUUAAGACCACGAGAUCACAAUAGGGGUUGUUUUAGUCCACUUUGGGUGGCAUUCUCAAUUCUUACUGGUGGCCUCUUGUUGGAUGUGCUGAUAUCCAUCACCCUUGGUGUCUCUGCCUUACCUGUUAACAUAAUAAUCGGGGUCAUUGUUGUGCUCGGACUUGGAACCGCGCUUCGGCUAGCCCUGGACUUCUGCAUUAAGUGGAGUUUUAGGAGACCAGUGCAGAGGGCAGAUGCCAAUGUGAAUCACGGGUAUCAUCCAGCUUUGUAGGUAGGUAAAUAUGUACAGAAUGAAGAUAGAACUCACAAGAGAAGUCUUAAUUUGUUGGGGCAGUAGUACACAUAAAUUAUUCACCUCAUAUAUAGUAUGUCAUGUUAUGUUUGGCGAUGGUUGUUGAUUAUUACUCAAGUGUGCUCGCGUAUGACAAUACGCCGUUAAGUUUUGCGAAA